CUGUAGCCCAUUUUCAUUCAGCCGCCACUUGUGUGCAGUACCUACCGUAGUGAAUCUAAUAUACAACUACAAUGGAAUUAAACUUAGAUAUUAGCACGUAUACAAAAUUCGAAAACCUCGACGCCUCCAUCGAGCAAUGCGACCAAGUGGAAACCCCUCCGGAAACGGAGAACCUGUCCGGAUCAUUCACUAGUUUAAGACUUGACGGUCAAGUACAAGUGCUUCCGCCCGUACGGAACAUUAACGAACAACAGUAUAGACACUUGCUACCCACCUGGUCUAAACGUGACGAAUUCCUAACGACAGUUUCCCAACAUUCGACGACGGCCGUGAUUUCCGAACCCGGUUCAGAUAGAAGCACACAAUUCCCUCAGUACAUUUUGGAGCAAAUGCGUGCCGAAAGACGUCCGUGCAAGAUUAUCUUUUCGCAACCGCACCGUUUGGUCGCAUUCGCUCUAGCCGAGAGGGUGAGCAUGGAGCGUGGUGAAGCUUUAGGGAACACUGUCGGAUAUCAGAUGCCUCUAGAGUCCAGUUACGGUUUAAGCGUCGCGUUAACGUACUGUACCAAUGCGAUACUGAUGAAGACUCUCAUGAACCGUCACCCGGACUAUUUUCUGCAAGUCACGCAUAUAUUCGUCGAUGAUAUUCAAGAUGAGGAUAAGUUUCUGCUUCGUUGUCUCAAAUCGUUACACCACCAUCACGGUAGUUUAAAGAUAGUACUAAUGGGAUACAAGUCGCACGUGGAACGUGCCCAAUUUUUCUUCGACGACAUCGGCGAGGUGCACGUGCCCGGUCGGCAGGGAGGAUUGAAGCCGCUGUAUCUUGCCGAAAUCUUGAAAGAGAUAUCCUUACCUUUUGGAUGCGACGAUCACUACGACCCUGGCCAAAUCAACUACGAGUUGAUCGCGAAGCUGAUCGAUUUGAUUUUUCAUGGGAACCGAGGAACAACUUUGGUCAUUUUGCCAAGUUAUGAGGAGAUAGUUGCCUGCAGGGAAAGUCUGAUUAAGAUGAUCACAUUCGACUUGAAUCAUUUACAGUUCGUCACCCUACACUCCAAUAUGUCUAUUCACGAGUAUCAAAACGCACGGAAAUCAAUCCGAGAUAUGUUUCAGGUCAUUUUGGCGGAGAGCUUUGUGGAGAGCGGAUGUGUGGCGUUGGAUAUCGUUUACGUCAUAGACUGCGGAAGGGAAGUACGCAGAGUUUACAACAAUGCGACGCGCACCACUGACUUUAACUGCGGUUGGAUUACCCGAGAGCAGUCCAACCAACGCGCCGCAAUUGGCAAUAAUCAACUUUGCUUCCACCUGUGUGCAGAGGAAUGUCUCGAUUUGGCGGCGGAAUACGAUGGUCCUCCGCUUCACGAGAUAUGUUUGCAAGCCAGUAAUUUGCAAUGCGAAUUUUACAAUGUCUCCGAGUAUUUCGCCUUUACAUUCCGCAAUGCAGUGCCAGACCUGAUUCGCUUAGGCGCCAUGAAUAAAAGGGGAAAAAUUACACCUUUGGGAAGGAUGCUGGCUCAAUUUCCCUGCGAACCGAGGCUGGCAAAAAUGCUAUGCUAUGGUGUUGUGCUUAAGUGUUUGGACCCGGUUCUUAGUAUUGUUGCUUUUCUUUUUUACAAAAAUCCAUUUCAAGAUCAGGCUUUAGAGCGAGAGGGCUUGGAUGUGGUACUUGGUAUGGCAGGGAACCACUUAAGUGAUCAUCUGGUCUUACUUCGCAUGUUCCAGCAGUGGCAGAAUAGGAAAGCUAAACACACAACUUGCAACUCUAACAAUUUUGUGAAUUGGCACAUAGUGGAAGUUGUACAUCAAUUUCGAACUCAAUUCCUCUCCCAAUUACGUGGACUAGGAUUUGUGACGACCUAUGGCGACAACGCAAUUAAAGAAGUCAACGUAAACUCCUCGAACUGGGCUCUGAUCAAAACGGCGUUGGCAGCUGGCUACACCGGACGGAUUAUGACAAGCGAGCAGGAGAUCAAGUAUGGUAAAUACUCCGCUCUUACUGCCAAUGCCGUUUCCAACCUUGGUCGGCAAGUCUGUGUUAUCUACGAGAAAUUGGACAAUAACAAGGUUGACGUAGCCAGCGUAGUUACGCCGAUCACUGUGGCAUUAGUCGACCACAGCGUGCGGAUGAAACCCCUAACUGCCUCGCGGAGUUGCGACGACGUUCUACACGCUUUCUCUAACAUAAUCCACUUUUCGUACCUUUUUAGGGAAGUAAUCGCCAAGAAAAUUUGCAGCCCAUUUCUCAAGCUAAACAAUUUUGAAGCGCGCAUUCUUCAAUACGGCUGCAAGAUUAUUUCUGACGAAGAAGUUGAGGUUUUUGGCAACGGGCCAAGUUGUGUGGGAACCGUACCAAAGUCGUUUUCUAAUCUUAUCCCGAAAUCAGCCGUACAACUCGUGAUGGCGCCUCCCUUUCGCGCCACGGAAGAACGGGCAUCGGUUUACUUUGUUAUUAAACCGCCCAGCUUGGAAGUGAUACCGCGCACGGCGACGAGUUCGAACUGGCGUUUUGCGCCGAAAACUGAAAAGCGCAUGUUUCCCCAUUUUAGGAAUGGGCGCGACGUUAUUCUCUUCUUUACCGCCGACAAGUUUGAUUAUUUUCAAGGAAUCGCACAAUUGACCGAAACUAACAAUGGGGAUGUUACCCAACCAUGUCGCAUACUGUGGUUGAGCAGUGUGCGAGUCAGUUUUGACCUCAUAAAGCAACAAAAAAUUCGCAACUCAUUCAACGAUCACAAGCUUGUAUGCAAUGCGGAGGACGGGGAUGAGGUCGAAUUUUGGUGUGCCCAAAAAUUUCGAGCUUUGUUUUACAAUUAGUGUAGGUAAAUUGUUAUCAUUUUUGUAUAUAUGGUUUCAAUUUGUUAUAGGAUUUAAGAGUUUAUAAAUUAUUCUUUUACGCUCAAAGCGUGCGCAAUAUGUAUAAUAAUAAUUGUAUCGAGAA